GAAACCUUUACCAUUCUUCAAUACUCUUUCUUUCUCAUCACUGCUUUCUUUUACACCCUUCACCCUUUUGUCCACCUCCAUUGUAUCUUUCUUUGAGCUUUCUGUGUUUCUGGUGUUCCCACAGGUAAGCUCUUUUCAAACCCAGCUUUGCAUUUUCUACAGUUAUUUUGUUUUGCUGUGUGGAGAUGCAUGCUUUGUUCUUGUUGGUUCUUGUUAUCUGCAAUUUUUAUGGUCCCGUGGACUGCUUGAAUGGUGAAGGGUAUGCACUGUUGUCAUUUAAGGAGUCCAUUCACCAGGACCCAGAAGGGUCUUUGAGUAACUGGAACUCCUCAGAUGAGAACCCUUGUUCAUGGAAUGGGGUUACAUGCAAGGAGCAAAGAGUUGUUUCAGUUAGCAUUCCGAAGAAGAAACUUUAUGGGUUUCUUCCUUCGGCUUUGGGUUCCCUUCCUGUUCUUCGCCAUGUAAAUUUGAGAAACAACCGGUUUUUUGGUAGCUUGCCUGUUGAACUCCUUAGCGCUCAGGGGUUACAAAGUUUGGUUCUUUAUGGGAAUUCCUUUUCUGGGUCCUUGCCAAAAGAGCUAGGGAAUCUUAAAUACCUUCAAACCUUAGAUUUAUCAGAGAAUUUCUUCAAUGGGUCACUACCCACAUCAGUUGUUCAAUGCAAGAGGCUUAGAACCCUUGAUCUUAGUCGAAACAAUUUCACUGGUCCUCUGCCAGAUGGGUUUGGGAGUGGUUUGGUUUUUCUAGAAAAACUCGAUCUUUCAUUCAAUUCUUUCAACGGUUCAAUUCCUGGUGAUAUGGGAAAUUUGUCUAAUCUGCAAGGAACUGUGGAUUUGUCUCAUAAUCUCUUCAGUGGUUCAAUCCCACCUAGCUUGGGAAACCUUCCAGAAAAGGUUUAUAUCGAUCUCACUUAUAAUAAUUUGAGUGGAUCAAUACCUCAGAACGGUGCUCUGAUGAACAGAGGACCAACUGCAUUUUUAGGGAAUCCUGGACUCUGUGGCCCCCCAUUGAAGAACCCUUGUUCUUCAGAUACUCCAGGUGCAAGUUCACCUUCUUCUUAUCCUUUUCUGCCUAAUAAUUAUCCACCUGAGAAUGCAGAUGAUAAAGGAGGAAAGAAAGGGAGAGGGCUGAAUAAGAGUGCUGUUAUUGCAAUAAUAGUGAGUGAUGUAAUUGGAAUAUGCCUUGUGGGCUUGCUGUUCUCUUAUUGUUAUUCAAGGGUUUGUGCAUAUGGCAAGGAUAAGGAUGAGAGCCGGUAUGGUUUUGAGAAGGGAAGGAAGAGAAGAAAGGAGUGCUUGUGCUUCAGGAAAGAUGAGUCUGAGACUUUAUCAGAAAAUUUGGAGCAGUAUGAUCUUGUGCCACUGGACACGCAGGUGGCAUUUGAUUUGGACGAACUGCUGAAGGCCUCAGCUUUUGUUUUGGGGAAGAGUGGAAUUGGAAUUGUGUACAAAGUGGUUCUGGAAGAUGGGCUUACCUUAGCUGUAAGAAGAUUGGGUGAAGGUGGCUCGCAGAGGUUGAAGGAAUUCCAGACAGAAGUAGAGGCCAUUGGAAAGCUGAGGCAUCCUAAUAUUGUUACUCUCAGGGCUUAUUAUUGGUCUGUUGAUGAGAAGCUACUCAUAUAUGAUUAUGUACCUUAUGGCAGCCUUGCCACUGCACUUCAUGAGAAGGCUGGAAUGGUAUCAUUCUCUCCAUUACAAUGGUCUGUUCGAUUAAAAAUCAUGAAAGGAGUAGCAAAAGGCUUGAUUUAUCUCCAUGAAUUCAGCCCCAAAAAAUAUGUACACGGAGAUUUGAAGCCAAGUAACAUAUUGCUGGAUCAGAAUAUGGAACCAAGAAUUUCUGAUUUUGGACUCGGGCGGCUUGCUAAUAUUGCUGGAGGGUCCCCAACUCUGCAAUCUAGCAGAAUUCCCAUGGAGAAACCACAAGAAAGACCACAACAGAGUGCAUCCUCAGAAGUUUCUGCAGUUCAUUCUUCUGCUAACUUGGGAUCCUUUUACCAGGCUCCCGAAGCCCUGAAAGUGGUGAAACCAUCACAGAAGUGGGAUGUCUACUCCUAUGGUGUGAUCUUACUAGAAAUGAUCACUGGAAGAACACCAUUAGUCCAUGUAGGAUCUUUAGAAAUGGAUCUUGUCCAAUGGAUUCAACUUUGCAUUGAAGAGAAAAAGCCACUUUCAGAUGUUUUGGACCCAUAUUUAGCUCCAGAUGCGGAUAAGGAAGAGGAGAUAAUUGCAGUACUGAAUAUUGCAGUGUCCUGUGUUCACAGCAACCCUGAACGAAGACUGACAAUGAGGCAUGUCUGCGAUGCUUUGGACAGAUUGGUUGUAUCCUCUGACUGAGAAAUCUAACUAAACCAGGAAUCCAUGUGCUUCAUUGAUGCGAGAAAAUUUUUUUUUUCAUUACAUUAGUGGCACUAUGAUUUCAAGAUGUUGGUUAGUUCCACAUCAUCUGAGAGUAUCUUUAUUGAAUUACAGCAUGGGAGAAAAAUGGUACAGUUUUUGUACUAAGAAAGAAAGCCUUCAAUCUCCAUGUCUUGUUCCUGUAGGGUGCCCUUUGUUAGUUUGUUGUCAUUGCUGAGGACUAGCUGAUGUUAGGUCUGCUUUAAUAGUUGAGUUUUUUUAAUCUGCAUUUGUAUGAAUUGGUCUGCGAUACAUAUGUGCUUGUCUUCUCUUAUUUCUCGUAUUGCAGACCUUUUUGUCUUUUAAUUUUUCAUGUUCAAUAAAUCUAAUUAUUUUAU